AUGAACUCUGAAAGUGCUGACUCUCCAAAGGAAGUCUCAAAUGUAAGAGGAGAACUAAUAAUGGACCCUUCACCUCUUGAGUUACCAGCUGACACAGUCCGACGCAUCGCAUCUGAACUUAGAUGUCACCCAACAGAUGAGAGGGUUGCCCUCCGCCUCGAUGAGGAAGAUAAGCUGAGGCACUUCAGGGAGUGUUUUUAUAUUCCCAAAAUGCAGGAUCUGCCUCCAAUUGAUUUAUCUUUAGUGAAUAAGGAUGAAGAAGCCAUCUAUUUCUUGGGAAAUUCUCUUGGGCUUCAACCAAAAAUGGUUAAAACAUAUCUGGAAGAAGAACUAGAUAAGUGGGCCAAAAUGGGAGCCUAUGGUCAUGAUGUAGGGAAACGUCCUUGGAUUAUAGGAGAUGAGACUAUUUUAGGACUUAUGACUGACAUUGUAGGAGCCAAUGAGAAAGAAAUAGCCCUAAUGAAUGGUUUGACUGUUAAUUUACAUCUUCUAUUGUUAUCCUUUUUCAAGCCUACACCCAAACGGUAUAAAAUUCUCCUAGAAGCUAAAGCCUUCCCUUCAGAUCAUUAUGCUAUUGAGUCACAGCUUCAACUUCAUGGACUUAACACUGAGAAAAGUAUGCGGCUUAUAAAGCCAAGAGAGGGGGAAGAAACACUGAGAUUAGAGGAUAUCCUUGAAGUAAUUGAGAAUGAAGGUGACUCUAUUGCAGUGAUCCUGUUCAGUGGUCUGCAUUUUUAUACUGGCCAGCUCUUUAAUAUGCCUGCCAUCACAAAAGCCGGACAAGCAAAGGGUUGUUUGGUUGGCUUUGAUCUGGCACAUGCAGUUGGAAAUGUUGAACUCCACUUACAUGAGUGGGGAGUUGAUUUUGCCUGCUGGUGCUCCUACAAGUAUUUAAAUACAGGAGCAGGAGGUCUUGCUGGUGCCUUUGUCCAUGAAAAGCAUGCCUAUACAAUUAAACCUGCGUUAGUGGGAUGGUUUGGCCAUGAAUUAAGCACCAGAUUUAAGAUGGAUAACAAACUGCAGUUAAUUCCUGGGGUCAAUGGAUUCCGAAUUUCAAAUCCUCCCAUUCUACUGGUCUGUUCCUUACAUGCUAGUUUAGAGAUCUUUAGGCAAGCGACUAUGAAAGCACUGAGGAGAAAAUCUAUUUUGCUAACUGGUUAUCUGGAAUACAUGAUCAAGCAUCACUUCAGCCAGGAUAAAGCAGAAACCAAGAAAACAGUUGUGAACAUAAUUACUCCAUCCCGUAUAGAGGAUCGUGGCUGCCAGCUAACCCUAACAUUUUCUAUUCCAAUUAAAUAUGUUUUCCAAGAACUAGAAAAAAGAGGAGUGGUUUGUGACAAAAGGGAUCCAAAUGGGAUUCGAGUGGCUCCAGUUCCUCUCUACAAUUCUUUCCAUGAUGUUUAUAAAUUUAUCAAUCUGCUCAUUUCUGCACUUGACUCUGCAGAAACAAAAAUAGCCGAGUUUUCCAUAGCAACUUAA